CGUAUCCUGCAGCGGAUUGUCAGCAAGCCCACGUCGUGCAAUCAAGCAAACCCUUCGUAUCAAGCUUCCCGCAAACAACGUAGAUAUCCUCCUUCGCCUCGACUUAGGUCUUGCGUCCUGACUCACGGUCCACAAUCCCCCGGCGCAACCUCGAUUCUUUCUGUCACGUUGCCUCCAGCUGUCGAACGAGUUUCCCAAACUUCGGCGGCGUUUCUGCUGCACCCCAUAACUGGCACACCCAUUACCGCCCCCCGACCUCGACGCAUAAAUCCAAGGCCAUUAGCGUCACGGCGCCGCUUACACUUGAACAGAAACCGCCAUAUCCGUCCAUCAAGGCCUCAUUCCACUUCCCAUGCCAGUUGUCAGGGCUGGACUGUCGUCCUGCCGCCACCUCCCUCGGGGAACUCAAGCCGGCGCGACAAGGGUGCCACAGACGACCGUCUCUGCUUGUCCAGCGUGUUUGUGUUACCGGCCGUCUACGCGCUUCGAUGGGAAUGGUAUGGUUUAGCCUGCCGGCCUCGGCCCACUCUUCCGCCAUGGACGCUUGGACGAGGAAUUGACGUCCAAAGUACGAAAUCCUCACCACACUCCUGUUGCAUCUUGCCGUCCUCAAUGCAGCAAACCUGA